AUGUCGCUGGCUCCUGAAGACCACAAGGUGAUCGCAGACUUGCUGCAAAAGGCUGCCGCAGGGAGCCUUCUCCAGUCGAUGAACACACUCAUGCAGCACUUGUUCUCACGAAACCUCGCCUGGCGCCUCCGCCUGAACCCCGACUUGGUGGGGGUGCACUACGAAAACAGGGACGGGCAAGGGGUCUCAGCAUCCCACGUGCAGGACCUUAUUUCAUCGAUCGCAAGCAUAGGGUUCGUGGAGACUGAACUUCGCUCAGUCUGUGUGGAAGUACCGGACGACCACAGGGGAGACAGAGUGCGAGAAUUCAACCGGGCACUCGUGGCCGAGUCCAGUUCCAAACUGGCCCCUGUUGACAUGGGCAACAUCAGGUAUGCAAGUAUAGUCGGGAGCCACAGCAACCAAACGUUUCGUGCAUUCAGGGCUGCAGUCAUGCACCAUGACCAGAAGGUCACCAUCGACAACCGUUUGUCGGUGGAGAAGGUGGCUACCUUUGACCAGGCAUGGGCCACCGCCAUCAAGAACGGUGUUGAAUGGACCAUCAUUGCCUACAGUGUAACCGAAGCCUUCGAGCAGUUCGUGCCCCUGGCACAGUCAGCUGGCAAUACAGCGGCCCAAGUGGCCGCUGUGGAGCAUGAGCUACAGCUUGCAUCCAAGGUCAACAGGUCGAUUGAUGCCAUGCUGAAGAAGCAAGGCAAAAGCACUGUCCAGUACAGUGACGUUGCCCCAGAGAUUUUGCGGUCUCGGCCACCGAGUGCAUCGGCCUUACCGGGCAUAUUUGCCUUCGUGGUCAAAUGCGGAGGCGGAUGUGAUCCCGAAAGUUUCCUUUCGAAGUCGGAGCGACACAUUCGGGCGCACGGCCAGCCCAAACGGUCGCUGGGUCCUGAGAUGUGGCAGGCCUUGUCCAGCGAGGUCAAAGGCAAGCUGCAGUACGUUCACUGGAGGCACAUGCUUCUCAAGCUUGCCUUCACCGGGCAGGACAAAGUGUUGUCGGCCAGUGAUGUGAGGAAGGCAUUGCAGGGAGGCAUGUUGGCAAAAGCAGCCGAGGCUGAAAAGAUGUCUAGGGACAUGCAGAGCAUCCUCAACUCCGCCAAUCAUCUCACACCAGAGGUCAAGUUUGCCACUUUGUCGGAAGUGGAAGUCGAGAUGGCUGCUGUGAUCCUGCAAAAGAAGAAAUUUACAAAGAGGGAGACCGUAUAUGAGGCCUGUAACGACUGUCUCCAGGGUUUGGGGUUGACAUCCCCAUGGGUGAGCUCGGCAUCCUCGUCACAGAAUGUGUCUCCCUCGAAGGAUGGUGCAGAGCUUGGUUUCCAAGUGGGGAACAUGGUGAUACGAAAGGCGGACGAGGUGGUGGGAACCAUCAAGAAGAUGACCGCAGACCACGUGGAUCUGGUGUUGCAGGAUUUCAGUGCAUGCAGGGUGUCAUCGCAGUCGUUCGUCGAGGGCCUUUGGCGCCAUCAUGUCCCAAAGGCCGAGGCCGUGCCUUUGCCAGAUUGGUCGGCUCAUGCACCUUCUGUUUCCAAGGACUUCGUCUUCUCUUGUGUCAAGUCAGUGGUCCUCCUACAGAUGCGAGAGCAGUGGAUGGCCUUCACCGAAGCCACGGCCCUGGAUGUCUUCGUGAAGCCUCGGGAUGUGCAAGUUAGCAAGGACUUCGGGCAAGGCAAGCUGUGCCUGCCUGUGACUUCACCGAGAUUGGACAUACGAUCCUCUAGCUCCACAAGCCCUUCCGGAUCCAUCAAAGCAGGGUGCAUCAAAACGUCCAGCGAGGACCACAUCCUGUACAUCCUGCCAAUGGUUCAGUUCCCCAAGGAUGGCCAGGGAAGUGGGCAGGGUUUCGUGAAUCCCACAUGGAUCAUGCGGACAACGAGCGACAGGACCGAGGCCAACAUGGAAGUCGUUGGCAAGGGCUCCGAGAAGUUGACUCCGGACUAUAGGAAGAUCCAGUUGCCUUAUGUGAAGAAUAUCAGGAAAGUGAGUGCGGGGCAGUCGCUGCUCCUGUAUCGCCCGGAGACGGGCAAACCCGAGCAGCCCGAGGCACUGAGACCACUUUCGAAGAAACUUCGAACUCAGUGA